CGUGCAGCGGCAGUUUGUCGGACACGCGCAACAUUCCACGCGCGCUGAAAGCUGGAUCAACGCACAGUGAGGAAAACACAAGCAAAGAGAGACGCACACUACAACCGCCCGAGGACCGUUUACUGAGCUCUUCUCCGUUUCAUAGCCUCGAAAAUCAGUCCACAGCGGGAUAUUUUCAGCACAAAUCCCAGCAGAGAGUGACCGUGGAAGAUGGGUUCAGUCCCCGCCGUAUCUGUGCUUAUUCUGGCGAUCGCUGUUCCGAGUCUAGCCGGAUACAUUGAGGCGCUGGCAGCAAAUGCAGGAACCGGAUUUGCCGUCGCGGAGCCCCAGGUUGCCAUGUUCUGUGGCAAACUCAACAUGCACAUCAACAUCCAGACUGGCCGCUGGGAACCAGACCCUUCUGGAUCUAAAACCUGCGUUGGAACCAAAGAAGGAGUGCUGCAGUACUGUCAGGAGAUCUAUCCCGAGCUGCAGAUCACCAACGUGGUGGAGGCCAACCAGCCUGUCAAGAUCGAGAACUGGUGCAAGAAGGACAAGAAGCAGUGCAAGGGCCACGCUCACAUUGUGGUGCCUUACAAGUGCUUGGUUGGGGAAUUUGUAAGCGACGUCCUGCUGGUGCCAGAGAAGUGUAAAUUCUUCCAUAAGGAGCGCAUGGACAUGUGUGUCAGUCAUCAGCAGUGGCACGGCGUGGCCAAAGAGGCCUGCUCCAAGGGAAACAUGGUCCUGCACAGUUAUGGCAUGCUGCUGCCCUGUGGCAUCGAUAAGUUCCACGGCACUGAAUACGUCUGCUGCCCGUCCACGCGUCCCGAAGAGCCCGCACCUCCAGCGUCACCUUCUAAAGAGAUGGAUGAUGAAGAUGAUGAUGAUGAGGAGGAGGAGGAUGUGGAGGAGCCUGUGGUUGAGGAGGACGAGGAAGAUGAUGAGGACGCUGUAGAUGAGAGUGAGCCUGUUGCCAUCGAUCCUCCCACUCAGGAAGACACAGCAGAGGAAGAGGAGGAGCAGGAGGAGGAUGGAGAUGAAGAGGACUAUCACUACAUCUACGAGGAUGAGGAGGAGGACAGAGACAGCGAGGAGAAGGAUGUUAAGAAAGAGAAAGCUGUCAUGCCGGAGAAACAGGACGAUGACAAAACUCUGCAGGAAGUAGAAGCUGUGUGUUCUCUGGAGGCGGAGACCGGCCCCUGCCGCGCCUCUAUGCCUCGCUGGCACUUCGACAUGCAGCAGAGGAAGUGUGUGCGCUUCAUCUACGGAGGCUGCGCCGGCAACCGCAACAAUUUCGACUCAGAGGAGUACUGCAUGGUCGUGUGCAAGCGCCUGACCGUCCCGCCGACCCCUCAGCCCACAGAUGAUGUGGAUGUGUACUUCGAGACCCCAGCAGAUGAUAAAGAGCACAGCCGCUUCCAGAAAGCCAAGGAGCAACUCGAGAUCAGACACCGCAACCGUAUGGAGAGGGUGAGGAAGGAAUGGGAGGAGGCCGAGAGCCAGGCCAGAAACCUACCCAAAGCUGAGAGACAGACAUUGAUCCAGCACUUCCAGGCCAUGGUGGAGUCUCUGGAGGAGGAGGCAGCCAGUGAGAAGCAGCAGCUGGUGGAGACUCAUCUCGCCCGGGUGGAGGCCAUGCUGAACGACCGCCGCCGCCUCGCCCUGGAGAACUACCUGGCCGCUCUGCAGGCUGACCCACCACGACCUCAUCGUAUCCUGCAGGCCCUGAAGAGAUACGUGCGUGCAGAGAAUAAGGAUCGUCAGCACACUAUCCGCCACUACCAGCACGUCCUGGCUGUGGACCCAGAGAAGGCUGCCCAGAUGAAGUCCCAAGUGAUGACGCAUCUGAGGGUGAUCGAGGAGAGGAUGAACCAGAGCCUGUCUCUGCUCUACAAGGUGCCGUAUGUUGCAGAGGAGAUCCAGGAUGAGAUUGAUGAGCUUCUGCAGGUCCAAAAGGCAGAUAUGGACCAGUUCCUGUCCUCCAUCUCUGAGUCCCAGCCUGACGUCACCGUGUCUUCUGAGGAAAGUGUUGAGGUUCCUGCUUUUGAAGGAAAGCCCUUCCGCCCCUUCCAGGUCAACUCUCUGGGCUCCCCCGCUGAACCAGAGGGCGAUCUCUCUGAACCCCCUCGUGCCUUCAAGAAAGGCUCUGGCAUGAACAGUCUGGAUGGUCUGAUUGGAGCAGAGGAAAAAGUCAUCAACAGCAAGAACAAGAUCAACGAAAAUGUGGUGAUUGAUGAGACUCUGGAUGUUAAAGAAGUGAUUUUGAAUGGUGUUGAUCCUCUGUUCAGCCGUGGCUCGGAGCAGGAGUCAUUCCGCCCUCUGGUGGACGAUUUCAGCUUCGGCAGCAGUGCUCUGAUCGGCCUGCUGGUGAUCGCUGUAGCCAUCGCCACCGUCAUCGUCAUCAGUCUGGUGCUGCUGAGGAAGAGGCAGUACGGCACCAUCAGUCACGGCAUCGUGGAGGUUGAUCCCAUGCUCACUCCAGAAGAACGUCACCUGAGCAAGAUGCAGAACCACGGCUAUGAAAACCCCACUUACAAAUACCUGGAGCAGAUGCAGAUUUAGCCAUCAUGCGGCGCUGUGGAGCUGAGAGGGGUGAACAUACUACUGACCAAUAUAAAACUGCUCUCAAAUCAUUUCAUGCAUUUGAAAUGCAUAUCCUGGUUCAUUUAAAGAAAAAAAAACUACAACAACACAAUGGGUUAUUAAUACUACUACUUCUAAUACUGCUACUGUUGUACCAUGGAGCGCAAUUUUUAGGCUCUUGUAACUUUUUAUUUUCGUUAAAAAGCAACGGUUUUAAAUCAGGAGAACGUGAUUCUGCAAAUUGAUUUUGGAAUUGGAGCGUAUUAUUAUUUUAAUAUGGUUUUAAAUGUUCAUUUGAUAACGUUUGAUUUUAGUAUAUAGAGGUACAGCAAAGCAAAGGCGAAACAAUCAAUAUAUAAAGACACACAGCAGUUUGUCUACACCAUCGCUGGCCGCCGGAUAUACUUCUUUUAAAUAGAUCGCUUGUAUAUGAAGGUUAUUUGUAACAACUUAAAUGUAUAGUGAAUCAGAAAAUAUGAACAAGAAAUCAUUAAUUCAUUUACUUUGUAAUUAUUAAAGACACACGAUAUACAUAAAUAGAGAAAGUAGAUGGUCAAUUUAAUUCAUAGUCAUAUUCAUGAUUUUUACGAUAUAUAUCUAUAUAUUUUUUUUCUCUCCAGAGCUUAAAUCUUGGCUGGGUUACAGGUUUAAACUUUUGAGAUUUAAAGGACGGAUUUUUUUUUUUUUUACGGUCCAAACAUCUGAUACCGUCGCCUGUGUAAGAUACGAAGAACGGUUCCAACAGAACGGCGUGACAGCCGGCCAGAUAUUUUGGCCGAUUGCGAAUGUAGAGGUGCCCGAUUUUCGUAACAUUACGUCAUGUGUUGUUAUCUUUUGGUUAUGGUGUCAUAUAGUUGGACCAAUAAAUGGCGCGGCCCCUGCGAAUGGUUAUUGUGCAUUGGUUUGAAGCAGCGAGCGGGUCAGGGGCCUCCAGUCUCCCAUAUCACGCGAAAAUAUUGUUUUACUCUGAUUCUGAAUGUUGUUUCUCACGCCGUUACUUGAUCUGGCCUGAUAAAAUGUUGCAUUCAGCUUGAGUUUAUCACUGCAUUUUCAUUUCAUAGCUAUUAGGGAGAUUUGUCUUGUGGCAAUACUUUGCGUAUAUCAAAGAAGUGUAGAUAGCGACCAGAGUCGUCUGUAAUUAAAGAAACACGUUGUUGUUUUUUUGGAAAUAGGCUCAUUUUACAACUCCUCUAAAGGUAAACAGUUUAGUUUUACCAUGUUUGAAUGCAUUCAGUCAAUCUCCAGCUCUGACCGGAGCACUUUUAGCUUAGCUUAGCAUAAAUCAUUGAAUCGGAUUAGACCAUUAGCAUCUUGCUCAAAUUUUUUUUUUGUUUUAAAGAGUUUUAAUACUUUACUAUUUAAAGAUUGACUGUUUUUUAGUUACAUUGUGUACUAAGACUGACAGAAUAUAAAAAUGUGCUAUUUUCUUGGCAGAUAUGAAUAGGCAGUUCACUCAGUCAGGCGUAAUAAUCAAGAAAUGUUGCUGUUGUGCUAUGGCUGCAGCAGUUUAAUGAUAUUACACAAUGUAACUACACAAGAGUCAAACUUUAAAUAGGAAAACUAUUGAAACUCUUUUAUUUUUGAAUGAGAUGCUAAUGGUCUAAUUCGGUUCAAUUCUUUAUGCUAAGUUAAGCUAAAAGUGCUCCCUCCUGACCCGGAGGUUGACUGAAGGAAUUAAAAAUUGGUCAAACUGAACUAUUUAAUUCUUUUUGGAAAUAGGCUCAUUUUACAACUCCCCUAGAGCUAAAAGUUUUACCAUAUUUUAUUGCGUUCAGUCAAUCUUUGGGUCUGGCAGGAACACUUUAAGCUUAGCUUAGCAUAAAUCAUUCAUUCGGAUUAGACCAUUAGCAUCUUACUCAUUUUUUUUUGUUUGUUUUAAAGAGUUUUGAUAACUUUACUAUUUAAAACUUGACUCUUCUUUAGUAACAUUGUGUACUAAGACAGACAGAAAAUUAAAAUAUGCAAUUUUCUAGGCGGAUAUGGUUAGAAAUUCUACUCAUUCAGGCAUAAUAAUCGAGAAACUUUGCUGCUGUACAGUGGCUGCAGACAUGCGAUGAUAUUACACAAUGUAACUACUGGAGAGUUAACUUUAAGUAGGAAAAUUAUUGAAAUAUAUAUAAUUUUUUAUUUAUUUUUCGAAUGAGAUGCUAAUGGUCUAAUUUGAUUCAAUGAUUUAUGCUAAGCUAAGCUAAAAGUGCUCCCGCCUGACCUGGAGCAGAAACUGGCUGAAUUAAUUAAAGUAUGGUAGAACUCAACUCUUUUACACUAUGUAACUUGUAAAAUGAGACUGUUUCCCCCCAAAAAGUGGAGCGUUUCUUUAAAACACUAUGAAAUGUAAAGUUUCUAGCAUCAGUCCCGCACAGAAAAUCAUGCUAAGAUGCACUAAAGUUACCCAGCUGGAGGCCAACGAAUGCGAGAGAUGUUUUGCAUGUCUGCUACUACUAUGGAAGGCAAGGAAAAAUUUAAAUUUUUUUUUUUUUCUAUCUCUUACCCUUCUUCUUAGCAGUGUCUUUGUAUGCCUGUAUAGUCGAUGUUGCAAUCAUGGCUUUUAUCAAGGACAACCUGUGGUGUGCAUUGUUCUUAUAUGAGAUGUUAUGAUAUAUAUUUUUAAGUUUGUUCUCUUCUUCUUUGAUUUUUCUAUUCUUUUUUCCCUCUUCCUGUGACAGUAUUUCUGUAUGUGACUUUCACUAUGCACCUAAACGGCUCCAGUCUUGGACCUUGUCAUUGCCUGCUUGAUUGUGAGAUGGUCAUGGGGUGAGGGGAAACCAUACAAAGUUCAUAUAUAUUAGAAGUAAACAAUGAGUGAAUCCAAUGGAAAAUGGCUUCUUGGUUACAGGUGGGAAACACAUCAAUAAAUUCACUACUUCCA